AUGGGGCUCAAAGCUCUCUGUUUGGGGGUGUUUUGGGUUCUCUUUGCCUCUCAUAUUUAUAUCACCAUUCCAGGCAACAUUGAAGAAUACUGGAAAGUAAUGGCCUUAGAAAUGGUUGUUAAAACUUUCAUAUUUAUAGGUAUGUGCUUUGAAAACAUGGGCAUUAUAUCAUGUGAGGAGCUUGUUUCCAUGAUACUCACACUGGACUAUACACAGCCACUCUCAGAUGAAGAUGUCACAGUGACUGAUACAGCAUUUGUUGAUAUUCCAGUGCGUGUGUACUUGUCAAAGAGAAAGUCAGAAAUCGCAAGGCCGGCUGUCAUCUAUUUUCACGGUGGUGCCUUUCACUUUGGAAGUUUCAAGCAGAAGGCUUUUGACUCCCUGAAUAGAUGGACUGCAAACAAACUCAAUGGUGUUGUUGUGGCAGUGGACUAUAGACUAGCUCCUCAACAGCAUUUUCCUACUCAGUCUGAAGACAGCUUCACAGCAGUCAAAUUUUUUCUUCAAGAUAAAAUUCUUACAGAAUACAGAGUGGAUCCCACCCGAAUCUGUAUUUCAGGAGACAGUUCUGGGGGCAGUUUGGCAGCAGCGGUGACUCAGCAGACGUAA